CAGGCGUUAUCAAUUUAAACAUCUUACUGAGUGACACGAGGGAAUAACCAAUUUCUUCAAUUGACCGGAAGUCGCGCUCCUACGAGAGGAAGAACCAUGUCGGAUCCGACCUUUAACUCCAAGUCCGCGUCUUUCUUAGACUGGUUUAAAUCUUUGCCGGGUGCAACUUUCCACCCAAACAUCGAGAUUCAAGAUCUCCGUGCAAACGGCGCUGGAAGAGGAAUUGUUACUACUGCGGACAUCCCUGAGGAUACUGUUUUAUUCACCAUUCCGAGAACAGCAAUCAUCAACACACAGACUUCGGAUCUUCCUAAGCGCGUGCCACAAGUCUUCGAGACGACGGGCUUGGAGGAAGAUGAGGACAAUGAGGCAGACGGAGAUGGCAGUGAGACUAGUGGUCCUCCUGACAAUUGGGUCUCACUAAUCCUCAUAAUGGUUUAUGAGUAUCUCCAAGGGGAUAAAUCUCGAUGGAAACCGUACUUCGACGUGCUUCCUAGCCAAUUCGAGACGUUGAUGUGGUGGUCGGAUCAGGAAUUGGUCGAGUUGCAAGCUAGCUCGAUUGUCGCCAAGAUCGGUAAGGAAGAGGCGGAUGGAAUGUUUCGCUCCAGAGUCCUACCGGUAAUUGAAGAAAAUGCCGAUAUCUUCUAUCCGGAAGGAGCCGAGAGGCUUAGCGAAGACCAACUGUUGACCCUAGCACAUCGCAUGGGUAGUACAAUCAUGGCCUAUGCUUUCGACCUUGAAAAUGACGAUGAAGAAAAUGACCCCGAAAAUGAAGACGAGUGGAUUGAAGAUAAAGAAGGUACUCUCAUGAUGGGAAUGGUACCCAUGGCCGACAUUCUUAACGCUGAUGCUGAAUUCAAUGCUCACGUUAACCACGGCGAAGAUAGCCUAACUGUCACAACUUUGCGUCCAAUUCCUGCCGGAUCUGAGGUGCUUAAUUAUUACGGGCCGCUUGGAAAUGGUGAAUUGUUAAGGCGUUACGGAUAUGUCACGACCCGUCAUGCGCGGUACGACGUGACAGAAGUAUCUUGGGACCUAAUAUUAUCGGUGUUGAAAGAUACGCUUAAAGUAGACGAAGCCAUUUGGGGUAGAGCGGUCAACGAAUUGGAUCCAGAAGAGAUCGAAGACGCCUUUGUGGUGGAGCGAGAUUCGGGUGAGCCUGACGCUAGAGGUGAGCUUCGAGACGAUGCACACGUGAAGGAAGUUCCCACCGAUCUAGUGGACCAAAUCCAUACAAUCCUCAAGGCCAUUCGAAAAGUCAGCCCAUCUACAAUUCCCGACAAGGCGUUACGGGACGAGAUCACCUUAUUAGCCAUACACCGCGCUCUGGAGCUGAGAUUGGCCCAAUACCCCACAAGCCAAGCACAGGAUUUCGAUCUGCUGUCCGGAAACAAAGUUUCGGGCCGGCAAAAGAUGGCUGUGGCAGUACGAUGGGGCGAGAAGGUUCUUCUGCAAGAAGCUAUCGACUUCGUGCACGAAAAGGUCCUAAGGGUAAAAGCGACGACGGACGGUGACGAACCACAUGCGAAAAGGCAGAGGACGACCUAAGGUAUCAAUCCAUCCUCACCAUCGUUAUCUGUCAAGCGUCAGCAUCAUCAGUAAUCCGUCAGAAAAACAACCUAAUGCAGGUCGGGAUCCUUGAAUCCUAGCCCUAUACUCCAACAUUUUCUUCCGAAGGGGGGGCCCUAGCCACGUGUGCUAGGACUCCCUCUAGACGGCGCAGCCUUGAGAGAAAAUGAAAAUUUGGGGUGGCACCGAUAGCCCACUAGACGCUGUAGAUUAGUUGAUGUGCGCACCAAAACCCUCCAUUUUGAGCGCUAUAUGUCGAUCUUAUGUGCUAUUUUACGACGGACCUAUCAGGUUGCUGACUGUGCCAGGGCCAAUGAGGCACGAAAAUGCAAGGACUGGGAUUGCAAAUAGGGUGCUGAAUGGAAUAUAGACAACUAGCUUAGAUGUUAUAUUUAGACCUCACGGCAAUCUUAAUUUCCAAUGGUUGUAU